UGCUCAAACAUAACUUUUAAGAACUCUUGGUACAUAUUUUCGGUGUAUGGACUGUACUGGCUCUGGAACAAAAACACUUGCCAAAGACAAGGAGGGGACCUAGUUUCCUUUGAAACCGAAGAGGAAUGGAAGUUCAUCAAUGACGAGAUUCAAAGGCGAAAUACUUGGCUCGAUAGAAGUAAAUGGAGUAUUGGUUUAACGAAAAAGGCCGGCAAUUGGACCUGGGUGAGUGAACGACCGCUGACCAUUUGCAAAUGGGGAAAAGGGGAGCCAAGUGGUGAACACGACGCGGCUUUCAUGUACAAGCUGUCCAAUAGUGGCGAACAGGGCGUGUUUGGUAGCAUUAAUGGUAGACAUCGGGAAAUCAGGCUGGCUUAUAUUUGUGAGAUUUCCAGGGGUAAGUUUUUUGUUUUGUUUUCGUUUUAUUAUUAUUAUUACUCUGAGUAAACUAAAAGGCACCAGAAGCGCUUAGGCGUAAUAAAAACAUUCUUUGUUAACGUUUGUGAUACUCACGACCUAAUUUCUAUAAACUCUCUGACAGUCGGGAUCAAGUUUACACUUUCACUUACAAUGUGUUUGAAACAAUUCCAAUGAACGUUUUCACUAUAUACAUAUGUCUAACUUUUAACCUUGCGAGCAGAGGAAAGUUUUAGAUGGUUCUGUUACUAUCACUAUUACGAGUAAAAACAGUUGUGAAACUUUCAAUUAUCGCUAAUUUUCACGUAGUUAAAGGGGUAAGUUUCUAAAGAAACUGUGGUGCUGCGUCGGUGGGAGAGUAUAGCAGGUAAUUUAGUGUUAACAACUGGGUUGAAAACGUAAAUUAGCCACCGUAAAGGGUAAAAAAGCUGACGUUUCGAGCGUUAGCCCUUUUGUCCUUUCGAUCGAACAAAGUGGUAGUGAAUACCAACUGCAAAGAGUCAUCGAUCGAUUGCUUUGUUAGAUAAUAAAGCGUGAUGAUGUAAAGUGCGUUAUCUUUUGUGCAAAGCUAGUGACUCAUGUUGGUAAAGAUACAUGCCAAUUCUCGUUUUAUAAAACAAACACAAAAGACUUCGAGACUUAGUCGUUCUUCGCAUAGGGAAUCAAUUUUAUGUUUAUUGUAUUCUCUUUCGAGAUCCGAUCGUUUGAACUGUAAGUUUCAGGGGCAAAUUCAAUGCAAUGCAAAAUGUACAGUGAACACAAUAAACUGACCAUCCUGCUUCUAAUUCGGGUGCCACGCUUAACUUUGUCUCCUUCGCAGUUGUUACUUGGUCUCGUCACACAACACCCUAUAUUACACGUUGGAGAGCGAGCGCGUUACGUGACGAGACAAAAUAACUGUUGAGAAAGAGACUACCCUUACUGCCGUUCUUCUAACAGGGAGAAAAUCAACAUUAUUCGUCUACAGCUAGCUGCCUCAAAAUACAAUUGCACGUAAUUUUACUACGAAAAGCAAAAUGAAACUCUGUCGUAUCUCCAAUAGACCCUAGCCAAGGACAUAAUGCGAUCUCGAAUAAAUGAAGAAACAUUGAACAAGAGAAUAUAAUUAUAGUAUUUCAAAGAGGGCUCCUUGAUUGGUUGUUGCCUAUCUGGCAUUUGCCUCCUGAAUUAACACGCGUUGGGAUUAAGUCCAAGGUAGCUAAAAGCGACUUUCAUUCGUAGAAGAAGUCAAAACGCGGGGGAAUUACGUUGAAAAUUUACUAUCAGUAGCAUUUAGUUCCGUAUGAACUAUUUUCAGUGACGUUAGAUAAUGCGGCUCGAAUAUAUACGUAAUAAAAUGCAGGUCGUUCAUAAGGAAAUGACACAUGAUGGAGUGAAGUCUGAUGAGGCAAAAAAUUUGAUCGGUGGAAUAAAAUUCAAGGGCAUGAAAAAGUGUCACAUGUUCAAGUAGUGCAAUUAUGUAGUAUAUUCUGAUUGGACUUUGAACGUUAAGGAAAAUUUAUUUACAUUCGGUUGAACUAAACCGUAGGGACAGUGAAAUAGAAUGUAAAUAUUUUCCUAUCGGCGUGUAAGCACGUGAGCCGCUACGGCGUUAAUUGCGUCUUUUGUUGAAGGGCGUAAACAAGGUUUGACAUUUGUGAUUCAUCUCAUUUCUCGAACUUUUCGAGCUUUAUGUUAAUUUUUUUCUUGCAUGUAACUUGUAACUUAGAGAUUGGUGCGCUUGCAUUUGAAUGAGGGAAUACGUUCCUAUUUUUCCCACUGGGUCUUUUGGGUCUUCGUAUCACGCGGCGACACACAAAAUGUUUUCUCGCGCGAGAGGUAAUUUAGUUGUUUACUGUUCUCUGUACCUUUGUCGGACGGCAUGAAACACUCGCGCUCCUAGUUCGAUCUGCACACCCCCUUCUUGUGUAUGAGUCGUGAAUUAAGAUAGGAAGUAAGUUGUCUGGCGUCUGCGUUGUGAGAAAAGGAGUGGAAAACACACAUUUAAACUUAAAAUGAUACAAAAUGUUAAAUGUAACCCUUUCAUAUCCCGAUAAAUUUCGACUUCAAUCAACGAGGCUCUUGCGGAGGCCACAAACCAUUACUCUUAUCAAACGAGUCCGAAAUUUCCGGUUAAUGUUAUUCUUACCAUAACAUCACUUAAGAGAAAACAAUACCUAAACACUGUGAUUGGUACAAGAUAUCUGAAUGUUAUGAUGUCAUUGAUGCGACAUAAUACCCUAAUGCGGUAAUCUGAUUAGUGUGAGAUACAUACCCUUAUGUGGCAAUCUGAUUGCUUCGAAUUACGAACCCUAACGCGGCGGGCUGAUUGGGUUGCAAGCAAUAUACCACUCUACAUGCAAACAUAGUUAUCUUUAUUUAUGAUUAUAAUAAAGUUCGGAUAUAACGAGUGCUGUCAUUGGUUGAAAGAGCGUGCUCUGUGAGAGUAUAGAGCAUAGAGCUGAGCUUCAGCUGUCACGCCAUCUGCCAAAUUGUACUACGUUCGACCUUUUCCGGGACUUCUUUUUAGCUUUUUUCCGAUAAUUGAAAGUGAAUUUCGGAACAAGUGAGCCGGCAAGUAGCAACAGAAGAACCAAACAAAGGUUUGUAAACUUACCAGGCGCCGUAAUUUACGUUUUUUAAACGUGAGCAGAUACGAAAAUCUUCAAAGGAAAAACAAAAUAGACAUUCCGAGUUUUAAAGAUUUUCACGCUCAGUUAGAUUGCAAGCUGAAGUACGGAAAUAAAAAUCAACACAGCUAACACUCAUAUAGUACUAUAUAAAGUUCAGUGUUCAAAUAGAAAAGUGAACAAAACAGAAAUGAUGAAAAAUAUAACCAAACUGGCAUAACUGUUAAAAUUCAUUCUAAUCAUGACGGUGUCUGUGCGAAAAUGAUCAUGCUGAAGUCCAUCGCGGCUCGCUUAUCAUGGCGAUCUCCGGUCAUCACAGUAAAGCAAGCCUCAGAAACUACAUCGGCCGCCCUUCGAGUAAAAAAAUAAGAGUUUGCUCUGAUAUCCUUUCCGAUGCGUUGAGUGGGUUGAGUCACAUCAGUCAAUGCAGCCGGGUUUUGCCCUGCUGUCAUCCCGAGCGAUCUUUAUGUUCCGGUGAAUUCGGCUGUCGUUCAAUACACUCGCCUUGAACAGUUUGUUUUCUACCUGGUCAUGUGAAAAAACUCGUGCAUUUUUAUGAGCCAUAAUUCGGCUGAAGUUCACUGAACAUUUCACUUCAAGAUUUUGUAUUAGAGACUUAAAAACUUCAGGCAAAAGUGUUAAAUUCGACCUGCCGAACUAUUUUAGUUUGUAAACUAUCGCAGAAUGUGAACUUUGAAGUUUUAUGAACUUUGAUGGUUUAACACUUUUGACAGCUUAAGUCUUGUACAGCCAAUCAGAUUACUUGAACCAUUCUAAUAGGGAUUCUGAUUGGCUUAUUGAAGCGUGCUUUAUGAGAGUAUAGAGCAUGCUGACGACACUGUUGUUCGCUUUGGGAAUAAAAUUUGUUUUGAAAAUUGAAAGUAAUGCUCGGGGAAUUUAAUGGAUUCUUUAUUAUAAAACAAAUAGAGAAGCCUUUACUGUGCUCUGUUCUGUUAUAAAGCACUUGGGAAGCGGCUAGAGCACUCAAGAAGAGGGGAGAAACACGAGAGGUAGUCGAGUGUUUCUCCCUACACUUCUUUCGGGCUCUAGCCGCUUCCUGCGUGCUUUAUAACAGAACAGAUCACAGUCAAAGCUUCUCUAUUUGUUAAAAAAAAGAUAAUUUUUUUCCGGCGCAGGUGCAAAGCAAAUUUGAAUAGUUCAAAUUAAUAAUAAUAAUAAUAAUUAUUAUUAUUAUUAUUAUUAUUAUUAUUAUUAUUAUUAUUAUUAUUAUUUGAAUAGUGGCCCUGCUCAGAACAGAACAACUGUUUUAUUUUUGAAAUAAUUAAUUCCUCUACAUUGUGUUUGUGAUAUUUUUCCGCAGAUUCAGCUCCUGGACAAAACUUUUCGCAGGACUCUUACCAAGACUACGUUGGACCACCUUGCACUCAAAAAUAUGGUAAGAAGAGUUGGUCACUAUAAUGGCGUGAAAUAUGUCCCAAGUACAACAAAUAACCCGUUCUCAGAAAGGCAAAGCUACGAAAUGAUAAGGGGUAAGGGUGGGGGGGACCCGACAGGCUUGCUGAUGCCCAAUGUAACGGUUCUCAGUGUAACUGAGACUUUUCCGGCGCUUAAUGUAUUCGAGAAUGCGAUGGUGUUAGUUACGAAAAAACGUGCACAAAAAUUAACACCGGAGGGUAUCGCGAUCAAGCCAAUAGCUAAGUAGUAAAACAUUUAUCCAACUAAAGUAUCAUUCACCAAAAGCCAUUGCUCAUUAGUCUUUUCCUCUCAUAGUAGCGUUAAUAACGGGGAUGUUAGAGGUAUUUGUAAUGUAUUCCAAUAGUGUCCGUUCGUUUAGCGCACUUCGGGCGAAGUACUUCGUAACAGUGACGACUCAUGGUGUUAUAACACAUUUAGUAAAAACCUGUGUUGAAAGGAAACUAAAAAGGUCCUCGCUAACGUCAACUUAUUAUAAAAUAUCCGUUUCAUUCAAGUUUUGUAAAUUGAGUAAUGGUGACAAGCUUGAAAUUACGAACCUCUACGCCGUUUGCGUUUCCUGUCAUUCGCUACUCAAUAUUUUGAAAAAUAUACAAACCAGUGCCAAGAGGAGAGCCGUAAAACAGUAAAAGAGCUCAAUUAACAUGUCGCUCUAAUCGAAGAUUAACAUUCUCAUCCAUCUUAAGCAUCGCUACCACCGUCACCGUCGCCGUCACCGCGAGGUAUGAUACUAUAUACUACACACUAUAUCCUAUGUACUCAGGUGUAGCACCUAACUGUCAUGGCAUAGCUAGCAGCGCAUGCAGCAUGGCCCAUACUUAUGAAAGUUAGAAGUAACCCAUAAACCCGAGAAAAUUUGGUUUGGUGUUCUACCAUAUGACCUACCGUACAAGGUGCAACUUUAAGCAUGCGCGGGCAAUAGUAUUGCGGGUUCGGACCUGGCUAUUACGUAAGUAAAAGACAAAUGGAGGAGGUAAUGCACAUGCGCGGUUGCGUGCCUAACUUGGAGACCCCAAUCGAGUGCGCUAACAAGCUCAGAUACAAAGUGAUGAAGUACGCAUUUACCAGAGUUCAUGCAGUGUACCGCAGGCACCCGGCUACUGUAUACACGAGGGCUUCACGCGGGCAAGCAGAGUUGAAGCAGCGCAAAUAAAGGAAUUUGGCAUUUUGAGCUGGAAGUCAUACUUAUUAGUUCGUAGUUGAAAGCUUCAUUGAUUCUCGGUAAUUACACUGCAAGAGGAACGCUAAAGACGACAUGAAAAGACUGAUGUUAAACGACGAAUAUCUAACGAAGAGCGACGUGAGAAGGUAAAACAAAGAGCUCCAGAAAAAAAAAAAAAAGACUGAAAAGAGGUCAACAACAAAGAAAAAGCGAAGUUCAGAGAAGCCGACAAAGGAGAGCCAGGACGUAAGUUGAUUUUUACUUAAAUUUUUUCCUACGCUAGGUCCCAAAAAAAUUCAACACUUCUUUUAUUAAUCGUCGUUUGAUGCUAACUUCAGUUUAUAAUUCAUUCAUAUUUAAAACUGAUUGCACAAUGUCUUUCAUAAGUGUACACAUUUUAUUUGCUCUUCUCUCCUGUUCAGUUGCUGCGGAUGGGAAAGCAGAUAAGGAACAGUGUUCCGGCGUUCCAUACCCAGCUUAACCUGCAGUGGCCUGAUCUGGAAAACCUUCGUGAAAGAGAGUGCAUGAGGAAGCUGAAGCAGCAAAGAGUGUUCAGUCAAUAGCAGGCUCAAGCCAAAGCCGAUUGGAGUAGGUAUGGAAGUCUUUGUGAAGGACCUCCAGCCGAGAGGAAGGUUGCAACACCUAUUCGGAAGGACGCUCCUGUUUCUAAGAGAGACUUUCGAGUACCCCCUGUAACACCUAUUCUUACUACAAGGCCUAAACGAGUUACAAGACCAUCGCUUAAAGUUAGACUUAUCAGUCUUUGUGCUCUUUAACAAAAAGAGGAGAUGUUUCAAUAGCUUACAUGACCCCUAUACGUACAAAAGCAUUCUGGGAUAGAGUAAAAGAUGGCGUUCUUUGUAGAACACGUGUACCAAUUGGACCCACAAACAACACAACAGUAAUCACCGUGUGCGAUCAGGGAAAUCAAUAAAGUAAGUAAAACCGUGGCGAAAUUGUCUACAACACCACAUUCCGUAAAGUAGCUGCAGGCUUCUAUUUUUCUUUGCGUAUUCGAACACAUUCAUACCGGUAGGUCAACAGUUCUCUGCCAAACGUUGAAGAAGGGCAGCAAUCUGAAAUUAGUGUAGAUGGAACACACUCAAGGGUUCGUCACGCAAGGCUGAACGUAUUGGAAUCUUGCUCACAUCUUGCAAUUUUACGGCCACCAAUAUCCGUAAAUAACUUAAAGGUUUUUAAGUUUUCAACUGUAAAACUAGGGAGAUUAAAAAGUUUAACUUUAUAAUUUAAAAGAAAAAAAGAUCACAGAAUGCAGAGGGGAAACUUGAAUUGUGCCAGCUAGUUUCCUCCAUUGCCUUUCAUAUUUUCGAUCAAAUAAACUCCAAUCAGUUGUAUAGGGUUUGCCUGCAAUGCAUAAAAUUACCAGAGUGAACUUCUUCUCAGAUGGUCAGCUUGUAAAAUAUUGCUUCUGAAAUUUUACCGACUUAUUGGAUCAAUAGAGUAACACUUAAUGUUUUCACAUGCAACAGGAUGGUCCAGAAGCUGAAGAUGGCCCUGAAAGGAGUGAAAUCUACUGUAAAAAAGGUGACUUUUGGGGAAACUCGAGCACUUAACUGAUAAAAACAUUUUGGCUUGUAAUUCAAAUGACACAGGAAAUUGACAUGUCUGUUCCUAUACAGGAAUGUACCUUUUACAUGACUUGUACAGUGAGAAUUCAUAAGAUUUGAUGAUUGUAUUUGUAUAUUUUAAGCUUUCAAACUUUUAACUUUAUUACAAUCAUAAUCAUAAGUACAUGUUUGCCUUACAUACUGUAUUUCUUGAAAAGUUGUCAAAAUAAUUCUGUAACCUUUGUAAAGAAUUGUGCAAUUAUUUAAUUUUACAGUAUUUCCCACAUUGUAACAUGUAAUUUGGAUGGCAAUAAAUACUCAGGCUCAAGAUUUCAAUAGUACACGGUGUUCUUACAAAUGCUGAUACCCAUUCCACAAAGGAAAUUUUCUUCUGUCAAUAUCAGUACAAUAUUAACUAGAUAAGUGAUGAGAAUAUAGAAAAAUAUAAAUUUGAGGAUUAUUAGUUGAUCCAGUACUAAAUUCUUUGAACUAAUAUUAUAAGAAUUGUAUGGUUGACAGUAAAGAAAAUGACAAAUUUGAUCUGGGAGUUAGAGUUCAUGCAUUAAGACUGAAAUUAAUGGGCACCCUCCUCUUUUCAGUCAUGUUUUUUCUUUGACUUGCCUCCUUCCCUUUAAUGUUUAGGGGUACAUAGAUUAUCCCUUUCACCCCCUGUGGGUGACUAGUGUUCUAUUUCUCCUUACAAUAUCACCCCUGAAUCAGACAAUUAAGGUCAUUAGAACGACAAAAAUGACCAACAACUGAAGAAACUCUUGAUUGUUUAACAAAUUCUCCUUUUCAGAACAUUAAGAAAUGUCCAGAGAACAGUAUUGAGAAUAGACACACUGAUCUUACGGUGUAAAAAGUGUUGAGUAACCUCCUUCUUAAUUGACCUCUACAUAGUGCAGAAGGCAAGAAUAUUUGUGCCUUAGCUUGAUAGAUUGAAAAAAAAUGAAGUAAGAGAAUUGUACAAACCAUAUUCUACAUUUUAAAUUCCUCUAGUUUUAUUCACAGACAAUGGUCAAUAACAUUGUCUUAUUCACUCUCAUUGUUGACUGAACCAAGGAAAAGAUGAUAACCUCCUUACUAGUUUGAAAGCUUGCUCUUAUAUCAUUGACCCCAUGCCCCUUCCCUCCUAUAAAUCUCAAAAUAAUUUUUGACUGUUCUGGAAAGCUAUUUCUCAUAGCUACUUCUCAUAAAUUCUCUUAUAUGAAGCCCAUUGGGAAACUGUCAGCAGAUAAAAUGGAGUUCUGUUGUGCAUUAUAAGCAAAUUCCUAAUUUUAAAGAACUUUCUGAAGAUCAGAAUUCAAUGGAGGACCUCUGGCUAUAAAUCACUACCCAUCCUUACUAGUUAUUUUCUUGAAAAUGAAGGUGAUUUUUUGCAUUAUAAGCAUGAACCUGGAUUAACCUUUUACACCCUAAUAUCUAUAUGCAUAUUCUCCAUACUGUUCUCUACAGGUUUCCUAAGUUACUAACAAAAACUUGCCUAACAAUCAAGGGCUUCUUUAGUUGGUGAUCAUGUCCUUAAUUCUCAUGACCUUAAUGUGUGACCCAGGGGUGAUAUUGUAAGGAGAAAUUAUAUGUGUCACUCUUAGGGGUUUGAGGAUUAAUGCAUAAACUGUAUGUGAAAGUUAUUGUUCCAGGUAGGUUAACACUUGUAAAUUACCAGUAGUUUUGCAUAUUAGUCUCGAUCAUGUUGUCGCUACAACAUUUGACUCAAUCUUACCUUAAAAUAACCUAAACUGAAUAUUAAAUAUAAGUUUCAAAUCUAUUUUUCAUUCUUCUUUUGAAGUGUGCAUCAAAGUUUUGAAUGUCAUGACAGGAGGCUUAAACUACAGGUUUAUAGGAAAUCUGCAUGAGUUCAAGUUUUGUCAAUAUUAAAGCUGUACAUGCAUGUGUAUGGGUACAUGUAGCUGUUGUAAAAAGCUGUUAAACCUUUCACUCCCAAGAUCUAAUUGUUAAUUCUCCCCUCUAGCUGCUACACAUUUCUUUGUGAUGUUGGAUCAAAUUAACAACUUCUAUGUGAUAAGUUUCAGUAUUCUCAUCACCUGUUUGUUGGAUAAUGUAUGGAUAUUAUAGGGAGAAGUUGUAUGUAGAUGUUCUAAAAAGCUGUUCAACGCGGUGAAUAUUUUGCUGGGAUUUUUCAAUAAAGUAACCUGCAUGAGUAUACUUCUGUUUUAAUAUUAUUAUUUUUUUAAUCUUGUUUUUUCCAGUCCACGCUGAAUUCUUAAAUUUUUUAAAAAUUCAUUAAUUUUCCCCUAACCCUGUUAAUGGUCUAUUAGGUGUGGGGAUUGGGACUGGUAGUCAAACCUAAGUUUUUUGUACAGCCUAUGCAUUUAAUCUAUAGAUAUCACUAUGUAUUUUAUCCUUCCUAGUUAUAAGAAUUACAAGUUAUAAGAAAGAGUUACUUGGUAGUCUAGCAUGGCUUUCAACGAUGAUAGUUUCCAGGCUUAAAAAAAGUCACUUUCCUUAUUAAAAGUUUCCCUAAUUCUAAUGGCUUGGAAGACAAACUGACAGUGCAUUCAAUGUAAAACCUGAGUUAUUGCAUUGAGUUGGCUCAUUUUAACAAAUAUCCAAGUCUUUUCAAAACCCUUUAUGUUUUUUUUUUUCAUAGCAAACCAGUGAAAGUCUUCACAGAUGGGCUAAUGAAUGCUUUUCACGUUAACAUGUUGCCACAACUCUAACUGAGAGGCUGCCAUCUAAAACUACUCAACCUCUUUAGUAAUAACCCCUACAUGUCCAAUACACUCAAUCUGACUCGAUUUGUCUGCGGUAGUUGACGAAUCGACUCACCGGAAGUCGACUAAUGGGUAAACAUACCGGAAGGCGAGGGGCAUGAGCGCAUGCGAAAAUGGAAGCAUGAACCUUCCCUGUUCUCAAGAUUAAGUUUGUGAUAAGAUAUCCUAGUUUUAGCUUGUGUUAGUUAAAAUCAAAAUUUCGCAGCGCAAGAAACAGAUGGUUGACAAAUUAUUUUCGUAUUCCAGUUGAUAGAGUUGCCAAGAUCAUGGUCAGUUGGUUUAAAAAUACCGACAUAUGCAAUUACAGCGGAGGUAUUUCUAGCUAUCGGACAAUCAUGAAACGCCAAUUGUCAAAUUAGAGUAAAAUUUAAAAAAACAAAGUUUAAACACAAGUCGAAAAUUACUUUUCUUUUCAAAUUUCAUACCCUUAUCAGAAGAUUUUGACACGGUAGAGAUAAUCGGUGGAGUAAACACUCUUACCUUGUCACAUCAAGAGGAGAUGUAAGAGAUUAGCCCAUACUAUUCUGACGUGUUGUUUCUGACCAUUGUUCUCACGUGGACCCAUCGAUCAAUCGACCGAACUCGUUUGCCGUCGUUUCUUUCAAUUUUGGCUUAUUUUUCAAAACCAAAAUUAACAGUAACGCUCAAUAAAUAUUAUUUCAACCAUUACUGACAUCAUACAUGUCAUUAGAAGAAAAUAUUCUUUACAUUCUCAACAUCAGGAACAUAGGUGUUUUGACGGCUGACUAGCAUGCGUGUUGAUCGCUCUGCAAGUUGUAAGGAUAACGUCCCUUGGUUUCAGACCCUAUCAACUCCCCCCUCCCUCCCCCCCUCCCGUCCCCCUCCCCCUGUAACUAAGCUAAGUAUGUUUGUUUUCUUUUUUUAUUAUUAUUUUUAUUCUCAUUGUUUAGAUGAGAAGUCAGUUGGCAAAAGAAAACUUGACCUUGUGGCGGUCAUUUCCGGCGGCGCAGAAGUGACUAGAGGACUCCACCAAAACAUCACAUUGAUUGCCUCACUGUCAUAUGACUCGGAAGUUGCACAUGGCAACCGAUCAGGAAUGAAAUUUACCUGGCAUUUUGGCAAAGUCACAGGAAAUCGUUCCAGUAAACGAGCAGAAGCGAAGGCGGAGAAAGAUUUCUUCACGGCAGUAAACGAAUCAGCCAUUCAUUAUUAUGGAAAAGCAUUUGGCGAACAAAUUUCCUUAAACACCAAAGCUUUGUCUGUUAAUCAGACCUACAUAGUUAAAUUGGUAGUGAUCAAGGACAGUCGUAUUUCCACCGUUUAUCAAGUUAUCCAUUUGAUAGAAGGAGACCCCCCAGAAAUAUAUCAAAGGUUAAGGAUUUAUUUUGUUUGUUUCUGUUGUUAUUUAGUUCGUUUGGUUUGUUUUUACUGAUGUUUUCGUUGCCGUUGUUGACACCUUUAUUUGUUCUUGACCCUGCUAUUGCUCUUUACUUUUGCUACUGACGCUUCUGUUGCCCAAUUCUAUCUGUUUUGUUUCUUCUUUGUUGUUUCUGUUGCCGUCGUUCUAUUGACUUUGUUGUUGCUGUUAAUGAUAAUGUUAUUGUUUUCAUCGUCGUUUUGGUUAUUACUGUUGUUGUAGCUACUUCGUUAGCAGUUGUUCAUAUCAAUGUUAAAUUGCAGCAACGGCUGCAGCUGUUCUUCUUAAUUGCAUGAUCUCAUCACACAACGGAAGUUCAAAGCCUCUUUUUCACUGAGUGUUCGUCAAAUCUUUUUCGCUUUAUUGUAGAUGUUUCUUUAACUGCCAAACUAAAGUGAGUCCCUUCGUCAAACUUAGUAUCAAAUCACAGUGCCGCGGAUUACAGUGCUCUAAAAUAUCAUCCUAUGAGUGGAUGCUCUACCAGCAGUUUAAUAGAAACACCUCCUUUACCUGGCAAAAGAAACACAAUUUACCACUUAUCACAAGUACACCGCUGAAUUCACGUGACAUUGUUAUCAAAGGCGGUUCCCUUACUGGUGGAAAUAAAUACCGCUUGGCACUAUUUAUUACAACUACGGACGGUUUUAGGGGAAUGUCUGCUUACGAUUAUGCUAUAGCAAUACCCCCUACGGGGGGCAACUGCUCGAUCACUCCGCCAAGCGGCAUCUCACUGAAAACUGAUUUCAAUCUGAGCUGUACCGACUGGGAAAGUGACAGCACCCCUCUGUCCUACCAGUUUCAAUACAGGCUAGACAACGGUUUGUACAAUGUGUUAUAUCAUGGCGUUAACAACAACAUAAGUACCUCUUGGUUACCGCCUGGGAUCGAUGCAGAUAACUUUGCUGUCAAAUUUAUCGCCACAGUGACUGACAAUUUUGGAAUUUCUUCUUCCCCAGUCUCUUUGACGGUUCAGGUAGGUCGCUAACCAUUAAUUUAAUGUCUAGCCUGAAAGGAUGUGAGAAUAUUUUAAUUUCUUUUGGUUGCUAUUAGUAAUAGAUUGGCAAUACUUAUAGAUACCUGCUUUUGACUUUUGCAGAUCAAGCCAUCUCAAAAUGUAAGACCCGAUGAUAUCACAAACCUUCUAAUGGCAAAGGACAGUUUAUUUCUGGAAUUCAUCGGGAUCGGAAACCUGAGAGAAGCGACGCUAAUAGUAAACUCUGUCCUGCCAUCAGUUUCCCAAGAAACCUCAAUGGAUUUGCAAGAGAAAUACUAGGUACUUUUAAAACCCAACUUAUUACUUAAAAAGUGACACAAAACUAGCUCAUUAUAAUCGUAUCCGAAAAGAAAAGAGUUUACCAAGAGCCGACUGUACAAAAAAAAGGGAAUAAAGAAUUUGAAUUAAAAAAAGUAUAUUGAUGAUAUAUAUUCACGGGUUGAGCGUGUGGGCAUACAAUUUUGUCUUCCGUUGUGACAAUUGAAGAACGCUCAGGAGCAUUCAAUUAAAUUUCGAACGAGUACUUACGAUGUCUUGAGAAUGAGGCUUGCAAAUUUAUUUCAUGUGCUGAAACCACCAGAUAUUCCUUAAUUUCAUCUAAAACAUUUUCUGUGUUUUGAUACAUUUACAUCAAUCAUGCGCUUGAAAAUAUGUCAUUUGAUGGGUUUUAACUGGCAAUGUCAUUGGGAAACCUGAUACGUCAAGUCUAAAUAUGCCUUUAGAUUUAUUAUCUUUACACCGAGCCUCAUGUGCGAGAUACAGUCUUUCUGCCUAAUUCCUUAACGCUUAAAUAACUUUAAGCUGGUAUGUUUAUCGUUGAUCAAGGUUAUGAACUACAUCCUUGAAAAAGUGGCACCCUUAGAAGCAAAAACCGUCUCCGACCUGCUUCAUAAAUCUUCAGCUAUCGGUUCUGCUCUUCAGGUUUUGGAGAAAGUGUCCCACCAGUCUCUGGUAAGUUAAUUACGUCAUGUUGAUUGGGGCUGGAAUAGCCUUGGUUGUCACGUCAAGUUUUCAUACCAUGACACCAUUUGGCCAGAAAGGCUCAAGAAACAACAUCAGUAACAACAACAGUAAAGACGAAGAAAAUAAAAACAAACAGGGAUGAAAAAAUAGGCAACUGUUGUGUUAUCGAAUGAAGCAAUCUAUAAUUUUGUACUUAUUUAGCUAAUUCGCCACAAACUAUUUCUACAAAAGUCAAUGGAAAGAAAUCAGAAAGAGAGCAUUUUUAGCUUCAUUUAUUUUCAUGUGCACUCCACAGAAUAUCUCCUCAUUUGCUAUCAGCUCCAUGACAUCACAUCUAUGGUCUAUCACCCAGAAAAAACAUGUAGCAGACACUUCGUUGACAAAGCAAUCAGCAGAAAACCUGGCUUCAUGUCUUAAUAGCGCGUUGAAGGCGGCAGCAGUGACCGCAUCAGAAGACUCUAAGCCAAGUUUUCAACAACAGGUACUGUAAUGUACAUUUAGGUGGUGUCAAAAAGUCUACAUCAAAUAGACUCUUUAAAACUUAUUUAUACAUUCAAGCAUACUUAUUGCACUAACUUCAUUAGAGAAUAGUCUAUUGCAGAUUGCUAUUAACUUCAGCGUAAUUCCCGUCAUUCAGAUUUUGGACCUUUGUUUGUUUGUUUCAAGCUUGGGGAAAUGCACAAUUUGCUAAUAUUCUCUGUUCAUUUAUGCAAUUUCUACAGGGUAAGAUGUUGGUGAAGAUUUCAAUAAAGGCCCUCGAGAAAGUUGCAGACUCAUUGUUAGCCUUGACAGUACCUGAUGAAAGAACGAUACCACUCACAACAGGACAACUAUCCAUGACACUCGAGAGAUAUAGCCUCCAGAGACUUUCAGGACUGGAAAUUAAAGCAGGAAAAGGCCGGUUUAUCUUACCGUCUAAGAGCCAGUUGUUACUCUCUGGAGUAAACAAAACAAGUUUUGUAGAUGUUCAGGUAGGUAUUCCCGCCCCACAGGCACAUUUCAAGUCAUUUUUUUUUCGCAGAUACAGACCCCAGUCAAGUUAAAGUAGCAAAAUAGGUACCUUAAAGGUUGGUUAUUACCUCCAGCAAUCAUAUUUCUUGUUUUGCUUUUGCCAUGUUCAACUCUGGCACUUGAAACAACAAAAACGAAUCGAAUCAAGCUUGAUUUUCUAUGUUGACAGUAUAUUCCUUGUUUACAUGUAUAAUUAAAGCAGUCCACAAAAACAAACAAACAGGCAAAAUUGUUAAUCGUUUUUCUUUUAGAUGCUGUCAAUUUCUUUUAAUCCUUACACUUGGGACGGCACAAAAGAGCGAGUUGGCUCUGAUGUUCUAACCCUGCAGCUGAAAAGCGACAAAAGAGAGCUGAUUAAAGUAUCAAAUCUCUCGGAGGACGUGGUCAUCAUUAUACCUUUGAAACCUGAAAAAAAAUUAGCGAAAAAGGAAAACUAUUUUACAAGGAAUGAUAAUUUACUUUUUUACGAGAUAGAGGUUAGAUUUGAAAACACCUGGCUGAUGCUGGAAAUCAAACCUCAGGAUCCAACUGUACACAUGUUUGUCUAUAUGCGUUUUGGUCAGCGGCCGACAACUCAGGACUACGACCUCAAUGCCACUAUUUCUCAUGACGAAAAGUGUAUUUGGGUGCUAAGUGCUCAUAACAAAAGUGAAGGGCAAACAGUUUGCUCCUUGAAUCCACAUGCACCGAUACAAGUUCUGGCUGAGCGUCCCGGGAAGUUCUUUCUCGGCUUAAAAAAUUACAAUGCCACAGUGAACUUAUCACACAAAAGGGAGAAAAGAUCUUGUCUUGGUGGAAGGCGAAGGAAGCGCUCCUGCGUCGAAGCCAAAGAUCCACCACCCACCCCACCCCAGACUGAAAAGGUCUCUGUGACACCAGUCUAUGAUUCCAAAACAGACCAGAACUUCACUCUAAAAGUGGCCUUAGGUAGUUGUGUUUACUGGUCAGAAAAAUUUGACAAGUGGAUAUCAUCUGGCUGUCGGGUAAGUGAAAAGUUAAGGGACGAUUUUCAGGACAAUCUUUUUUUUUUAAUAAUUUGACAUUGUAUUCGACAAAGUUCAGAUGAUUUGAGCUUUCCCGAGUAUUGUUUGCAAAAGCGCUUUCGUCUUGUGAUAGUCUUAACUCAUUAAGCUUAUCAUUGAAUUCAGGCUAAUCUUUGACUAGUUAAAAGUCGAAUCUAUUUGAUAACCAGCCGGGGCCUAGCAGCGCCUUUAAACAGAAAAGAUACGGUGUGAUCAGUGUUGACAGCCAAAAUGAUAAUUUCUAUUGUUAACAUCUUCCUUGUAUUUUAUAAUUUCAGGUUUUAGCAGAAUUAAAUGGAUUUUUAAACUGUAGCUGUAGCCAUUUGACAUCAUUUGGGGGAAGUCUCUUAGUCGAACCGAAUCCUAUUGACUUCGAAAAGGUUCUAGUCGAGUUUCAGCAGUUAUCAGAAACUGGAAAUAUUACAGUAAUCGUGGCUAUUGCGGUGGUUUUAUUGUGUUAUAUGACUGUGCUUGUUGUCGUAAGGAAAUUCGACAAUGGAGACGCGAAAAAUGUAAGUGUCGAACUAGAUUUUGCUUAGGACCAUUGUUUUAACAGAGCAUGCUCUCCAGUAUAACCCUUUCACUUUCAUGAUCUGGUCGUCAAUUCUCCGCUCCGGUUGCCAUACAUUUUUUUUUUUUUUUGGAAAAAAGUCAUGAAAAGUUGCUAAUAGAUCAAGAUAACAACUUCUCCCUGAUAAAUUUGAAUAUUCUUAUAACCUUGUACCUGGAUAAUGCGCGGACAUUUUUGGGAGAAGUUACAUGUUGAAAAUCUCUGGGAGUUAAUAAAAAAGGUUUUAAUGUUGACAACAUAAUUAGUUUUAAAGGUUUUUUGAGAUUGAAAUUUUAACUUGAAACUGCGUUGAGCAUAUCCUUGAAAAAAAAUGAUGUUUAAAAGUGAAGUGACAGCCAAUUAAAUUAAACUGUUUACAAAGUUUCCUUGUUUUUUUUUCUCUUCUUGGAAUGGGACAAAAAGGCGAAUUAAGAAUACAAAUUAGCUAGCUGUGUUAAGAACUCAUGGUUUAUCAUGUUUUUCUAGAGGGAAUUACCGAUCCAACUUCCAUCAUCUUCAAGCAGCACCUAUGAAUACGUUAUAGUGAUUACCACAGGGGCUUGGAAAAACUCCAGCACGACUGCUCAUGUUGCUUUGGAGAUCUACGGUUCUGAAGGAAAGAGUGGUAUUCUUCAGCUUAGCCAAGAAGAGCCGGGUGCAGUUCAUACGUUAUUCUCUCGAGGUAAUUCAGAUGUUUUUGUACUUUAUGUUAACAAAUCACUUGGUUCGAUUCAAGAAUUACAGAUUGGACAUGAUAAUUUUGGAGAUAAUCCCUCGUGGUACCUGGAGGAAAUUGUCAUUCGGGAUGCACAAUCCAAGCAGUCGUGGAAAUUCAUUGCCAAUCAGUGGUUUUCUCUUCAGCGCGGAGACGGGCGCAUCGAGCGAAUAAUCGACAAGACCUCAAAUCAUCUGGAUUUUGGCGAUGAAGUUGCAAAACGUUGGCGAAGAGGCCUCGCGGAGUGGCACAUUUGGAUUUCGGUGGCAGCCAAGCUAAGAAAAAGCCGCUUUACAAGAGUGCAGCGGCUUUCUUGCUGCCUUUCAGUACUUUUGACAUCCAUGUUUGCUAACGCGAUGUUCUAUAAGUUAGAAAGCAAAUAUGAACAGCCUAUCCAAGUCGGACCGCUGAAAAUGUCGUGGAGACAAGUGGUGACUGGAAUUGAAAGCGCACUCCUUGUGACGCCCAUAAACAUUGUCAUAGUGCUUCUGUUUCAGAAAGGAGCUGAAAAGUCUGCGACGAACAAUGACCAUUGUCUCAAGGGUGCCCUGAUCUCUGGUGUCGCUUGGUGUUUGUUAUGUUUUUCUUGUACUGUUUCGGCUGCGUUUUCAAUUUUCUACAGGCUAAUUUGGGAAAAGAGUGUCAGUGAGCAGUGGCUGUCUUCAAUGCUUAUUUCAUUCGCGCAGGAUGUAACAAUCAAGGAACCAGUAAAAGUGUUCUUCACAGCUUUAACAUUCGCGGCCAUUUUAAAGAUAAAGGCGAAGAGAUCAAAAGUACACGCCUGCGAAGGCCCUCAGCAAGUUAAAACUGGGUACUAUAAGAAACAUAUUUGGGCACUGAAAUUAUCAGAGGUGGAAGAGAUGAGGAGACGACAAGCUAAGAAACAGAACCUGGCACGUUAUAUCACAGAGUUGGGUUUAUAUUUGGUCUUCGUUUUCUUGCUUAUGGCAGUGUGCUAUGGAAACAGAAAUGACCAUCGGUACUUGAUGACUAAAUCAAUCCAGGAUGGACUACCAAACUUUGGCAAGGUGAGUAAACAUCAUUUCAUUAUGAUAAAUCCAUUGCUGAAAUUCGCGUGUUUAAUUUAUCUUAUGACUUUUCGUUACCAUGGAGAUCCAAAAUCAAAUAUAUGAAGUAAAAUUUUACUUUGCUGGCCUCUUCAAGAACUGACUAAGGCAUUUUCUGCUUUUGUAAUGGAUAUUUUGAGUAGGAAUAUCCCUUUAGAACAGGGUACAAGAGAUAUGUUAGUGCGCGAGACCCAAAUUUAGGACUGGAAAGAAAUUCCAAGCAAUAGAUGUAUAAUCCCAUGAAGACAUUGGCAUUCAAUUCUGCUAUAGGAGAAGAGCCAGAAAGCGGCAAACAUAAUAUUUGAGGGGAUGGAUGCAAUGAAAAUAAGCAAGUGAGAAUAAUAGUCUAAGACACGCCCGUAAAUAGUAACUCACUUGUGUGACUCAAACUUCUGCUCGUCUAUCCAUACUGCUAUCCUUAAAAAAGAUUACAUAUAUAUAUAUAUAUAUAUAGGAAUUCUAUGUUUCGGUUUUUCCGUAUUACAGUGCUUGAUACAUGGAAGUACAGCGUGAUAUGAAUUGAGCUGGGGAAAAAAAAAAGAGACCAAGGUUUUUCUCGACAAUCCUGUUUCGUGAUUAGAUCAUUCUUCAGGGGAUUCUAAUGGAAAGAAUAUUUGUAACCAUCGAAGAUAUACUAUAAAAUUUGCAUAAUAAAUGUAGCGGUAAAUGUAGGUGCUUUGUUCAGCUGUUGCGCAGUAACGCUUUGUUUCUGUGAAGGUAUGAAGACACGAGUUCAUUACCCAUGUUAACUAAUGACAAUUCAAUUAACAAUUCAUUUAUAUUUAUAUAUAUAUGUAUAGGAAGUCUGCAAGUCGAUUUUCUCGUGGAACAGUGCUCAAUACUUUGAAGCAGAGCAGAAUAAAUAUUAUGAGAGGGAAAAAGGGACGCAACUACAUUUCCCGACAAGCCUGUUUCGUGAAUCGCUUCACUCUUCAGGGGUUUAAUUAAACCCCUGAAGAGUGAAGCGAUUCACGAAACGGGCUUGUCGGGAAAUGUAGUUGCGUCCCUUUUUCCCUCUCAUAAUAUUUAUAUGUAUAUAUAUAUAUAUAUAUAUUUAUUUAUUUAUUUAUUUAUUUAUUUAUUUAUUUAUUUAACCCAAUGAUCUUGUACUAAUUCAGGUGACAAACAAUACAAGGUACUGGAGCUGGUUAGAGCGUGUUUUCAUCCCAGGUGUGUUUUCCGGCAGAUGGUACAACGGUCAAAGGGAUGAGAAAACAAUUUAUAUUGGUAAUAAACACUCUCUUCUCGUCGGAAUGGCUCGAGUAAGGCAACUCAGAGUGAAAGCGAGUAAGUUUUUUUUCCAUUUUUAUUCCUCUUUGCAUUUCAGUGAAAGGCUAUUUACCCACACACGUCAUUUCACAUAUUAUAGUUAUACAUAUAUAAUUUUGCCUGAUAGAGAAGCAAUCGGUGCACAAACUUAAUUGUAGAGUUAAACAAUAGCUUAUGGAAAUUCUUAAAGAAAAAAUAUUGAACAUGCACUGGUUACAAUUAUCUAGACUCCUGACCAUUCUGACAAUUAUCUAGACGAGUUUUUAGGUAGUUGCGUUUUAUUAUGAACGUUGAUUAAAUUUAGGUUUUGAUGACGGCGCUCCUUUCCUCCGAAAGAAAAUGCUACUUUGAAGGCUUCUAAUAAUUCUCCAUAACAAGAGAUGUCCAUAUUUGUUAAAAGUACGAAAUGUGUCAUCCCUGAGUGAAAUGAAUACCAAAAGAAACUUCCUAAUCAUGAUCUUUUGUUCCAACUUUCAGCGCAAUGUAAAGUCCUAAACUAUAUGGAAACAUCUUUCCAAGAAUGUUUCAAAGGAUACUCGACAAAGAACGAAGACAAGACCGCCUACAACAAACCAGGCUGGAGGCCUGUCGACAAUGCUGCGAGGAAUGACGAGUUAUUACAACUUUGCCCAAAGCCAUGGCGAUAUCAACAUGCCGAGGAAACCGACACUACACCCAGGUGGGGACAUUUCUCCUUUUAUGAUGGAGGAGGAUUUGUAGCAGACCUCGGUUAUGAUAACCAUACGGGGUUCAGCAUAGUAACAAAUUUACAAAACAACGGUUGGCUUGACAGGCAAACCAGAGUUGUCCUGGCAGAGUUUUCCACAUUCAAUCCGUCGGCGAAUAUUUUAAGUGUUGCCACAUACUUCUAUGAAGUUCAUGCAUCUGGACUGAGAGCAGCCUCCGUGCAAAUUCGUGUUCUUUCACUUGAUUCUACGGGCACACCCUCGCAUCAGUUUUAUUUGAUUUGCUUGUUCCUGUACUUUGUAUUCGUUUUUCUGUAUUUCGGAAGGGAAAUUUCCAGACUUUACAGUCAUCGUUCUCGAUAUUUCAAGUCUAUCUGGAAUUGGGUCGAGAUAUUUCAAAUUGUUUUUUCUCUGAUUUCCGUGGUGAUGUACAUAAUACGACAAAGUAAAACCAUUUCAACCAUGGGCAAACUGCAUAAAAACAUUUACGGAAAUCUAAGUUUCCAAGAAGCUAUCACUUGCCAAGAAGUGGAAAAUGUGGUACUUGGAAUUCUUACUUUCAUCGUUACCACCAAGCUAUUGCGAAUCAUUCGCUUCAACAACUAUGUUGCUCUUUUCUCCGCAACAUUGAAGAUAUCUGCACGAUCUUUGUUAUCCUUUAGCAUCGUUUUAUCCAUUUUCUUUGUGGCAUUUUUGCACUUUGGUGUCUUAGUGUUUGGCUCUGUAUCUGGGCGCUACUCUUCGGUGCUAAAAGGAGCCUAUUUCCAACUUGAGCUAACUCUUGGUCGAGUGAAAGCUAGACCAAUCAAUGAAUUAGCACAGGCCGACACCAUAUACGCCAAAAUAUUCGCCUUCUUAAUUCUCUUCACUCUCACUAUUCUCUGUAUGAACUUCUUUAUUGGCAUAAUCAACGAUGCUCUUUUGGAUGCUAAGAACUAUGUGAGCGAAAGUGAGCUGUAUGAUCUUAUCGAUGAGAACCGUUGCUCGAGCUUAAAAGAAAGAAAAGAGUUUUUCGAUGCAAUCAGUAACAAGUUGAAACAGUCGAGAACCUCUAAAACGUCAGCAGAAGUGAAGGACAAAGAAUCUGGAAACAUUGGCCUUGACCCCACGAACAAUUCCAAUCUGAACUUUGAUUUAAUAAGUCAAGCUAUCAAAGCUUGGAGGAAGAAAAGAUCCAAAGAAACAAUAGAUAAACAGCAAUGCAGUACAAGGAGACAAGCAUUGUUCGACAGGAUAAGCAACAUGUUAAAAUCUCUGAAAGGUGAAAGCAAUGACGACUGCAGCAAACUUAGAGAAAAAAAGAAAGUAAGAUUUCAAGAGGAUGUCGUCGAGUCUUCCCUCCGUAAAUUACGUAAGAGAGAACAUGACCUGUUACAGCGGCUGGAGAGUAUUGUUUCAGGGUUCACAGCAGAAGACGAAGAAUUCGAUUAUUUAUUAAUAACAGCAGAGGUCUAUCUCUACUAA